AUGAACUCUUCUUCGCCCGCCGAGCUCUCGCCCUCCUCAAAUCCCGCCUCAGCAGCAGCCGACACCUACUGGGAGAAAAUAAUCGCCUCAUCCUCCGGCCGCUUCCUUCCCGCCAACAUAACCCUCCGCUGCCAAGGCCUGUCCGUAUCCUCUUUCCUCACCUGGUUCAAAUCCAACGCCUCAAACGCCACCGUAAGCCUCGCCGGCCACCCAGAACACUACAUCAGCACUCACGGACCAAUCCUCGAGACUGUUGGGGAGCAUCCGAGUUUCUUUACGUUGCAUUUCACGGAGGAGGUCGAUAAGUGUGUGACGAACCUGGAUCGGGGGAAGUAUCCUAUUGUGCUAUCGGGUUGUGGAAUUUUGAGGAGUGGGACUGUUAUGGGGUAUGCUUGUCAUCAGUUUAGGGAUCUCAAUGGGAAGGAGGAAGGGGAGGGGUUGGAGGCGAUGUUUGGCGCAUGGAUUCCGGCAGAUGUUGGGGAGGAGGUGAGAGAGCGUCAUCGGAUGCAUUUGGAGGUCGAGUGGAGUAAUUGGAUGCGAGCGGCGUAUGAGGAUUUGCAUGGGAAGGGAAAGUAG